UUAAAGCUGCAGACUGCAGUUGCGUACCUUUUUACUGUAUAUAUAUGUGUCACGUUAGUUUACUUACUUCGCUAAAUUACAUGUUUAAUUGUUUAAAUUAUCUGUUUCGAAGUACUCGGUAGACUAGCUAUCGAUUGUUUAAAGGUCAGCUAUCACCCUAUUGGGCCAGUUACAAAUUUCAGAUCCGACAUAAACAGUGAAUGCCUGCCAUUAUUACUCUACGCAUUUGUUUUACCAUCAGGUUUAUUUUAGAGCCGAGUAGUCGCGAGAAGCCAUGUUAAAGUUUUAACGUGAUAUAUGUUUUGAUCUCCUUCCGCGCGGCGAGCAGAAGCAUUACGGACGGGGAUCCAUUUAUACGUACAAUCGGUUUUGUGCUUCGUUUGAUUACAUUUCGAAGUUAUGACCGAUUUACUUGUUGUUAUUUUCAUCCUAUCCAAAGUUUAUUUCCAAUGUUUACCCCUGUUUUGCUGGUCGUAAUUUUUAAGUUGAGUGUGCGUGAUAGCUACUUCGUUCGUAUGAUAUUGAUGAUCUUUCUUUUUCAACUAAAUGGAGAGUUUACCUUCUGAAUGAUGCAAAUUAUAGUCGCGAUUGAUCGCGAUCGACGAUCGAAAAACGACAAGAACAGCUGUCCGAUACUGAUAUCUCGAGAAGAGGACUAUUUGCAAUGCAUUUAACCAAGAUUAGUUCUCCGGUUUUGCUUUUUUGAAAACAACUAACUGCAGUGCUGAGUACGGCCAGUAUCAAGUAUGAUUCGGUGGCAGAUUCGCUGAGAUAUGAACCGAUCAUCAAGAGUUUCCUCUAAUGGACAAACCUCCAAUCGCAAUUCUGCCGAUACUGGAGCAAGGAAGUCUUUACGAUCUCUGCAACAAGAAUCUGUGGCGCGGUUGUCGCAACCCAGAGCUUCCCAGGAUAACAAUAUGAUUUUUGCAGAAAAUCAUCGCAGUUCUAAAGAAAGCAAAGGCAAUGCUGCGGCUGAAGCUGUGAUUGCGGAACUUCAGAAAAAAUCGAGCAAGGCAUCCACAUCUAAUGCAACCUUUAAAAGAAACCCUACAAAACCCAGCGUCGGACGACAUGAAAACUCAAACGCUGUGGAUGCUACGCACGGAGGGAGGCAACUAGAAAAUUUGUCCACAAUGCGCAGUACAAAGGAUGCACUAGGUCACACUGAAAAGGCUGCAUACGAAUACAACAGCAAGAAAACCAGCCAGCCAACGGUGACCGACUUGCACGGACGUGAUCCAAAUGUUAAUGCGGAUGGCCGAAAAAGCAAUCCGCCUGUACAGUUACGCAGCUCAAGGGAAGAGCGCGCUAUCAAACGCAUUCCUGUUGAUGAACGAAAGCAGAGAGAAGGAAGAGCGUCGUUACAUUCAAAAGAAGGCAAAGGUCAUAACGAGUUCAACAACUCGCAGUUGCCCAACCGUUCAAAAACAUCUGAUGCACCCAGACAAAAGGUUUCAAAUACAAAAACGUCCAUGUCUUCGCGAGCACGACCUGCUCAGCCGCAAUCCUUAACACAGUUUUACGACGAAGCGGAAAAGAUUUUAGCUGCGCUGCCUUCGGAGGACGAUGUAUCUGCUGAAUCCGAUGACAGUCAGAAAACGUUUAUCGCCAAAAAUGGUACACCUAAUGCUUACGGACAACGCUCUGAUUCCAUCAAAAUUCGUCCCGGAUUCCAACGGCAGUAUAGUCAUCCCAGUUUCCCGAGUGAUCAGCAGUAUCCAUCUCCUUACAAGGAUAUAGACGAUAGCAGUCGCGGUCGUAAACGAUCAUCCAGCGUGCAAAAGGAGGCCAAAAUGCGGGUAAAUACAGCACUGCCUGAAGAUGUGUACAUCCAACCUGAAUGUUAUCGGAUUCCAGAGGAUGAGCAAGCCGAGCGCGCCAAGUACUUUGGUCUAAUCUUCAACUGUCUCAAUGAAUCUCGUGCGGCUAAUUUUGCACAAAACCCUAUUGUGAAGCAUUAUCUGAGGAAGCGUACCCACAUGGACCACGACUGUACGGUGAAAGUUCCGCUUCGCGAGUUCAUGGAAUGGAAGAUGGAGCUAUCCAAUUUAGAAGAGGAACUUCGUCGGAGUAUUCACAAGCAGAAGAAUCUCGAUUUCAUGUUCGCCGAUGUUAUGGGGACAAUAAACGAUUUAACUGGCGUUGAUGAUGAGUUCCUAGACGAGUUGAACGCUUCGGGUGAACAGUACGCGGAUAUCCACGAAGAAGUUUUGGUCAGGCUUCUCCAGAAACACGAAUGGCUGUUAACUCUGCGAGACGACUUUCAAGACUAUCUUCGCAUAAUGCACAAACGGAACGUGCAACUGGCCGAAGACAUCCGAGCUCGAGAAUUCAACCGGCAGCGUCAGGCACGUGAGGUCACACGACUGGCAGCUAGCCAGCUCAAACAGUAUACUGCCGAGGUGAAACGCGCACAAACCGAUGGAAAACGUUUUGAACGACUGAUGGCGUAUCAGCUGGAGAAAGCGAGAAAUCUCGAUAAAGACAAAGCGCUGCAGCGACGAGACAUGGUCGAAAAGGCCGCUUUAAGGCACGAGCAAUAUGUGCGGAAACAACGAAGAAGCAGCAGUGAUGGACGGCAGAGUUUGUCAAAGUACGACAAGAUUAACAAGCCCUUCCGCCAUGAUUCACGCGAAUUUCCUCCGCAAGUUGCCGCUGCAAUAUCGGAGCUGCUACCUUCUCCCGCCAACCCAAAGCGGUUUUCUUCAGGAUCACUUCGGAGUCCCGUACAAUCGGAGCAAACUGUUCCUCCAUGGAGUCCUUCGAAGAAAGAAGCACCUUCAAAAAUCAGCAGUAAAGAUUCCUCCAUUCCACCACGACCACCAGCACGUUUAAGCACACAUCAUCCAGAAGAGCCGCUACCACUGGAGAAGUCAACGCUGGAAUGGGGAGAUGAAUAUGACAUAGAGGAUGACCAUUUACGAGAGGCUCCAAGUACGCUGGACGUCCCAUCCUUCGUAUCAGAUCUCACCGAUCCAGACGCUAGCCAACAGGGGAGCAGUAUUCCGCCAUGCAUGUUUCUGAAAAGUGCUGAUGGAUUACUUGAUAUGCCACAUUGCGUUAGCUAUUUCGGCGACUACACGUCUGCUGUCGAUCGUGGUCUUUCCGAAACCGAGCCACCACCAAAUACGCUGGCUCCAGUAAUGGUACAAGAUGCCGAAACCAGCACACACGAUCUCCUAGAACACACACCGGUUACCCUAAAGAAAACAGUCUCGACCCUGCCUAGAGCGCCAUCGAGGAGGAUUUCUGAAAGUCGUCAUCUGACGAUACCGGUACAGCGCAGCGGUAUGGCGACCCAGCAUAGUGGGACAAAUAUUGCGCAUGCCGGAAUCCAGCCGAGUGCCGUCAGCGCCGCUGAUGUGUCUCAUGUUGGUGUGCAGCCAAGUAGCAUGAGUGCAGCCAGCUUUACUCACGCCGGCGUCCAACCCAGCGCUAUACGAAGCGAUAACAUGUUCGCCCACACUGGAAUUCAACCGAGCGGUAUCGUUGAGCCGAGCAGAAUGCAUAUGGGCGUCCAGCCUAGCGGCAUCGAUACCUUCCACGCCGGCACACAGCACAGUGCAAUGGAGAUGUCCCGUGUUCCAUCACAGCGAAGUAUGCGUGCCGUUAGUCCGAAGGUAUCACGGCACCAUAUCGGCGUGCAACCAAGUGCUGUUAGCGGACCCAGUACAACACACGUGGGUGUGCAGCCAAGCACUGUGACGGGACCUAGUCUGAUGCAUAUGGGCACCCAACCGAGUGGUGUGAGCGGACCUAGUCGCAUGCAUAUGGGAACACAACCAAGUGGCAUCGACACGUUUCAUGCAGGCACUCAGCAUGGUAAUGUCGAUUUGCUCCCCGCACCUUCCCAGCGAAACAUGAAGAAUGCAAACCCAUUACCAUCUCGCUCUCGCCAACACAUCGGAGUACAGCCGAGCGCGAGCACCCUUCAGGACGCAAGAAGCCGACAAGUAGCGCCAGAUUUUGCUCACAUGGACACACAGACCAAAGCAUCACACCAAGGUUUAAUACCACUCGGCUCCGAAAAAGUCCAUGCCGGGAUACAGCCCAGUAUCGAAAUGCGCUCCACAUAUCCCAAUCAUCUGGAACCGCCUUUCCUUGGUCGACAUAUUGAAAGUGGUACACAGCACAGUAAUACAGACGUCGUCAGAGUUCGGCCGCAAAACACCUUGGGAAAGCAGCCAAGCUGGCAGAAUCUAAGCCCACCAGAGGAUGUUCUUGGUGGUGCGCAAAGGUCGUACGUCGGUACUCCCGGCAGCAAAACUGAUCUUGGCCACUCCUCCAGUCAACAAGAUUUAGGAAUUCCUCAUGGAAUACAGCAGCCGAGUGCGGCGCAUUUCGAACAGGCUUCACAGCUGCUGUCACCCCAUGCUUAUCCAAGUCGUAUGGCACACAAAGCUCCAAGUGUGGAAUCGUCGGUAGAAACAGCUCGAAUGCAGCCCACGCAGUCCAGAGGUCCAGUUUCCCAACAGUCAUCUAUGCGUUCACAGGAACUCACACCCUUUCGUCCAGCGCCUCUAUCCAUGUUCAUGCCACAUGAUGACAUCCACGACAAUAAGCUAUCUACACGAGCCGAUCUCGCCACUAGCCGUCAAGGUUUGAACAUAAAUAAAUCCGUUUCUGAGGGGUAUAUUCCAUCGACACAACAAACCAUCAAUGGGAAAAAGUAUAUCCUAAUACCCACGAAAAGCCGAACAGCCGAUGUUGGCACUUUCCUGUCGGCGCAGCUUUCGGCCCACGAUCUGGCCCAUAGCCCGCAUGACGCCACCACCCAAACUGAGCUGUCCAUAUCCAGCUCUAAAACUGUCGUGUCUCAACGGGAACUUGACUUGUUACGUAAACGUUCUCCUGUACGAAUUAGUCCUUCUGUUAAAUCUGUCGGCGUAUCGCCCCAUGUAUCGCCGCAACCAUCGAUAACAGAACUUCCACCAAAUGGACUAACUAUGGAUAUACCAGAAUCCAAAAGUAAGCUUCAAACCAAAAGUGCUGAAUCGUUCGACGUAAAACCAGGAUCACAGGAAGACUUGACUCAAGCUUCAGAAACCAAAUCUUCCACAUCACCCUCGGAUGGACCGGAUGGUCUGCAUAUUACUGGUGGAUGCCGGGUACUGGGCUUCGAUCAGGCUGUCCCGGAUCUUCCAGUGUGUCCACCCGAUCAGGCAGAAACGGAUUCCGAAACUCCGCCAAUGGAUGCGACAGUCUCAUCAGCUGCUUCUAUGGUGAAACUUAAACCUGAUCCUUUGUCCAUGUUUAUGGCAAACGAAGACCACAAAGGUGACGAAAUAGCCACCAGAUCCGACCCACCUGUAGAUAAAAGUAAAGCAGACAUGGAGGAAGAAAUGGUGCCGCUGGAAACAAUCAGACAAGAGUCAGCCAACAUCGUCGACGCGAUUUCGCGAACCGCUCAGGACGAAACUGAUGAAAAGGAAGAAGGUGACAGUGUCGUACCGGAGAUCAUCAGUCCCAGCAAUACAUCAGUUGAAGAACGGUCGGUGACUAACUUAUCGAAACCAGCUUCUGAAGCUUCCUUUGUGAAAUUGCAAGCCGAUCCGCUGUCCAUGUUUGCGCUAAGUGAUCAGCCUAACGCUCUGACCACUCGAGCUGAUAAAGCAAUUGAUAAAAGUGGAUCGGCUCUCUCCUUCAGUGAAGAGGCACAAGCGCACGAAGAAGAGCAACCGGUUGCCAGAGCUGGUGCCAUAGCGGAGGGAUCAUCCAACGCAGCAGAAACAAGGCAGGAAGCGGAGGACUUAAACAAAGCAGCUACUUCGGUCAUUAUUGAACUGCCGGAAGUACCCGAAAGUCUUUUGGAGGCAUCUGAAAAUGAAUCGGACGAACUGCAAGGUCUAGAAUCGCUGUCUGGGCUACCAACAGCAUACGCCAAUGCUCGGGCGGUUAGCUCAACCUACUCCCUUCCUGGGUUUUUGAAACAUCGAGAUGACGCCCCGCAGGUUAUUUCUCCGAGACUGGCUGUUCCUUCCCGAAGGCACUUCAAGCCAUCAAAGUCUGCAUCUGCGCUUGAUAAGAGCUCGCAGCUAAAUCUUCCAUCUGCUCAUUCCAGAACAUUACUUGUUCCCACACCAUCCGCUGUCAGGUCAUCGGAUUCAACCGCUGCUUUAGGUAAGGAAAUUGUGGAUGAAAUUACUACUGGUACUCCGAGCCAUCACGAACAUGAUCACCUUCAAGCGACAACGGUUUCAGUACCGCCAACACCUUCUCACUCUCUCCUUACGUUGCCUCAUUCGGCGGUAUCAACUGCAGAGUCAUCAGAACGCCUUGGGAAUAUUCUAGUUGAUGACAUUGUGCAACAUAGCACUGAUGCCGCCGGCCGAAGUCCUUCAGCGAUGGAGAUGGAGUCAUCUCGUUCGCGUAGCGCGUUGCCAUCUGAGAAAUUCGUAGCUGUUUCAGAAUCAAAGAGCACAGAACGUGGACUUCAUCCGCUACAAGCCCAUGUUCUGCCCACGCCUCUUCACUCCCAUAUUCCGUUAAUUACAGAUCCGGAGCUGGUAACUGACGUCAAAUCUCAUCCACAAGCAUCCCGCUCAUACAUUGACCCAGAAGGCCGCCAUCCCUCUUCGACGACUCUAGCUCCCAGUAGCAGUAACAUCAGCAUCUGGCAACCGCCCAGUGAAAUGUCGAUUGAUGCAUCAGACACGGUUAUUGCACAUACUCCUGUUGGUGUUAAAGAAACUCGUUCUUUCGUUAUCCCGGUAGCUUCUGUCGGAAAAGUUCAGAAUGAAAGCAAAGAACUACUUAAAGGUCACGAAGAAGAUCAGCCACCAGUACACUUAAUGGUUCCAAAGAAAAUGGUGGAACCGUCUGUUAGUAAUCUGAGUAUUUGGGAACCUCAAAGUCAGAUGUCACUUGCAUCGGAUCAUUCGAUUGGUGGCCAAAACAGUCAAGCGGCUUUGCCAGAAACUGGACAUGAUGUUUCCGAACCGCAGUUGUCCGGCAGUAGAUCUCGUGUGGGCAACGAGGCCACAGUAAACUACGCAGAUGCCCAUUUAAUGCCUCCUGAACAACCACCACAACCGUCCACCAGCAAUCUCAGUUUGUGGGAACCACCAAGCCAGCUUUCACUUGCAUCUGGUCAUUCGCUUGUUAAUAGCGACACUCCAAGCGGGCAGCAGUUAAGGGCAAACCAGGAGCCGUAUCCUUUUGGCGAGACUCCAAGUCGAGGUCCUUCUCGUACACAAGUUGCUGAUGACGUUUACCCUGGAAGGUCUGAAGUAUCAGAUGAGCUAAGAGCGGGAGCAUUACAGCCAGAAGGAAGUCAUUACUCUUUGACGGAAUUUCCUAGCCAGGUAUCCAUUAAUGAAUCAAACGAAAGUAUGCAUUCAAGUUCGGCGCACGAACCAGGUUUCCCUGUUAAAAGUGCACCUUCGGUUGCUCACUCAACCAGCCGACAAGGUGACAUUGUUCCAUCUGUCUCCAUUUUUCACCCGCCGCAUACGGAUGGGUCACGCACAAGACCAGACACCAUCGCUCAGCCGGCUCUGGAUGAUAUUCCCACAUAUCCAUCGGCUGAUAAGUCUGCCAGUCGAAGCGAAUUUGAGCUACACGAAAUACCAAGCCAGUUAUCCGUAGAAUCUUCUAGAAGUUUUGCCAACCGAAACCCAUCUCAAGGAUUACUCCACUCCGAACCGGAAGGAAAUGCAGUCAGACCGGAGGCGAUUUCUUCACAACACUUAGCACCCAACAGCGGGACAGCAAUAAAAUCAAGUCGCUCGUUAAAUGAUCAAGCAUCAGCCAUACGUCCUGUAGUUUCAACCAUCCAGACAUCGAAAAGUGCGGACGCUUCACUUGUACCGUCUGAGCACGCUGCAGAAGUCGAAAGUAAUUACUCUCUAUUUCCUGUACCUAGUCAAGUUUCGAUCCAGGAGUCUCGGAGUGGAUUAUCUGUUGCUCCAUCAAAGUCCAAUCAAUCCAUUGAGCAGAAUACUAUGGAUGACAAUCGUAUAGGUACUCAGGAUCAACCAUUUGCAGAACCGGACCUCACAGCUGAGAGAACUGACGAGAAUGUUUCACAUUCUGUUCUCGAACAUGGCGGACAGUUUCAUGGAGACGUAAGUCCCAACCAAAGCGAAAUGGAAAUGUACCACAUCCCGAGUCAGUUGUCUGUGGAACCGUCCGGCGUUUCUCAGGGUAAAAUACCUACAGAAGACCACAGUGUCAUGCCUAUGCCGUCAAAUACGGCUCUACAGAGAACGUCUCCCAACCCACCUGACCAUUUGCGACCACAAACUGCAUCCCAUACACAUGUUGACACGUCACCAUCACCUGCAAGUUCAUUUGACCUUUCUAGAGUUGAAAGCGAAGCAGCUCGAAUAGCCGCCACGUCCUCUGAAAGCUCGAAAUCUGAUGUGGUGAAUGCUACGGAUAACGACAAAAGCCCCAAUCAAACGACCGUUCAACCUUCUCCUUCGCAGUCAAAUGAAACAUCAUCCGAAAGUAGUCACUUUGACCAUGACGAAAAGCAGCAUUUUGAACAGUACCUGGCUUCCCAUGACAGUGAAAAGUUGCGGCGUGAUUCCAGCUCACUGCGUGAGCGCAUUAUUAGUCCCCAUCUCCUAAAAGAGACGUCCUCAAUGAAUAUGUCCAGGGCCGCUAGCCCUAAGGAUACGCAUGAAGAGUUGCCGCAUUACGGUGCUCGAAGGAAAUCGUCUACCCACAUGCAUAUGCCGUCCGGGAAAAGUGAGGACGACCUUUAUCGGCACCAAGACCUCCACGCUUUACAGCGCACAUACCGAGAUAAGGAAUACGCACGUUCGCCAAGUGAAGAUGCUAAGUCUAUUGAAUCCAGGCCGGCUCCAUCUACAGAAAUGAUGUCCUCUCAAAGUCCUUCGACUGACGUUUCGCGCGCAAACUCACCAAUAAGAAAAAACGAUGAAAGUUCACCGAAUGAACAGCGAACAGAUCAAUCACCUCAUUCAGAAUCAGAAUACACAAGCAGUCCUGAAGGCACUCAGUCCGAAAAAGCCAAUACGAUUCGUCGUCUGCAGCGAGUUUGAAUGUUAACGAAAACCGUCAGGAUAAACUGCCACGAGCUGAAGAACCAGCUGUGACCACACCCUCUCGCCCGAGCAGUAGCCGGUCCGCAGAAAGCGGCCAUUAUGGUCGCAGCCCCUCGCCAGCGUCGUCCAGCACAAUGUCUACCAGUUCGAUUGACAUAUCUAAAAUGGAGCAAAAUGCCGCACUGGCUGCUUCUGACGUUAGCGGUGUUCCUCAGAACACACCUUCCACAACUGAGGACCCUAAUGCCCCUCACGAGGCUCACGCCGCAACAACAGAUCGGAACGAUGCACAUCCGCAACAUCAAACGGACAUUCGCAUCGAAGUUUUACCUGCCGAAUCUGGCUCGGGACAGGUCAACGUAAACGCCCAAAUCAAGAAGCAGG